CAAUUUUAGCCCUAAGCAACCCUUAUCUGUGGCUCCGUACAAGACUAGUUUUGUCAGCCUGACACCGUUUUGAAUAAUGGAUGACGUUAUCGACGAGAUAGCUUAACAGUCAGUAAUUUCACACCAAGCCUAACGCAUAAGAUUUAUUUCCGCCAACAUCUUCGAAGAUAAAAUGGAGAGAGACUCAACCGGUACUGCAGAAAAGAUCCAGCCGGCUUCGUCUUUGAGGAACAGUAUUAAUGAAGACACCUGCGCAGCUAAUUCCCUUAGCUCCCAGGUUGAGAUCUGUGGUACUACUGAUGUCGCAAGGGCCAGGUGGACUCUACUGAGACAGGUGCUGCGUCAGAAGCAGGUGGACACUCCAGAGGUCAAACAGGUGUCUGUUCGCAGGUUCGCAACGUUUGACCUUUUCAGCAGGAAACGGCUUCUGACACAAGACCCUAGUGAUACCUCAGAUGACCAAUGGCUGGAGUACAGAAGUGUCUACUUUCCAGAGUACAGAGCCUUGCUCAGGGAUAACCUGGGGCCUAUCCGAGUUAAUGAAGUGCUCAACAGUUUUGACAACACCGGUAAUGUCUGUGUGUGGCCGUCUGAAGAGGUGAUGGCUCAUUACUGUCUGCAGAAACGUCACAUGUUCAAGGGUGCAGUGUGUGAGUUAGGAGGAGGUAUGACUUGUCUUGCUGGGCUCAUGGUUGCCAUUUGUGCUGACGUGAAGGAAGUAAUGCUAUCAGAUGGGAACGAGAAGUCCAUUCAGAAUGUACGAGGGCUGGCUGAGAGAAACAGGCAAGCUGGAAAGUUUGGGUCAACACAGGUAUCUGCCAGGGUGGUGAGGUGGGACUGUGAGUCAGACAUUACGGCACUAGAGGGUCACUUUGAUAUUGUCAUGUGUGCAGACUGUUUGUUUCUCGACCAGUACAGAGCCAGCCUGGUUGAUGCUAUAAGGAGAUUACUGCAACCCAAUGGCACCGCGUUGGUGUUUGCUCCACUGCGAGGUGAAACUCUGAGACUGUUUUGUCAACUGGCCCAGCAGGCCGGACUCUGCGCCUCUCAACACCAGCAGUAUGAUGCUCAGGUCUGGGAUGUUCACUUAAAGAUGCUGACAGAGGGAAAAGAUGCAUACGAUGAGAACAUCCACUAUCCUCUCCUCAUCACCUUGACCAAAGCACCUCAACCUGUCAGCCACACUCAAUAAACCAAAACAAGUGAGCCCUCAGCUCUACACAGCACCACUCCACAUUGCUUUUGGAUAUUUGAGAUGGAAUAAUGCUACAGAGUCAUGUCAACACUGUGAACCAUGAGUGAUCUAAAUGAGGAGGAAGAAUUGCACUGAAAGAGCAGAAUUAGAAUACAGUAAGGUCAUCAAUAUCAAGUGUUCAGUCACAGAUAUUUGAGCCAUUUUUCUAUUGGCCACAGAGGAUUUAUUAUCAGAUGAUGCAUGGCUUUGGACAGUAUUUAAGCGUGCAUGUUUUGUAGUUUGAAGUGUAGAAGAACAACCUCAUUUCCAAAGCAGUGGGGCUACGUUUACUGUGGCUGAAGAGGAAGAAAAGGAGAGGCGGAUAUAUUCCGACCUAUGUUUUAACCAAUCUUUCAUAUGCAAAAUAACUACUGUCAGUCUCCAAAAUAGUCACUCGGUCAUUUAUACCUUUAAUCAAUUGGCCUCAUCCCUUUAGUUAAUCAGCCAUCCAGGAAAGUGAACCACAUUGCCAAACAGUCAUCUUGUCAGCCAGUCAAGUAACCAGUCUAUUCAAUUACCUAAUAUGGUAGUUAAUAAGCCAGUAUUCCAGUCAUCAUUCCAGCCAACAAGGCAGUCAUUUGUUUAGUCAGUCAGUUACAUGGACAUUUCCUCCGUCAGUCCUAUUGUAGGUGUCAGUUGGCCCUAUUUAACCUGUCAGUGUUAACCUAUGCCACUGUGUUUCUGGCCCCAGCAUGGAGGCCAGCUCUAAUUCAUUAACUAUCACAGACUGUGGAGCGGCUCACAGUUUCCUUUGUGUUUCCUUUAUUUCUCUUUGUUCCCUUCUUCCCCCGCUUUAAUUUCUUCUAAUACCAUUCAUUCAUCCCAGUCAGAGGUCAGUAUUAAGAACUUCUUUUGUGCAUUACUUACAACAGUACAUUAACAUAUUAAGGCACGUUCAGACUCUGGAGUAAUUGUUGCUGCCCAGGAGCUACAGCUUGCAAAUUACACAGCAACAUCACCACCACGGAUACAAGUAGUCCAUACUACAUAGCAUUGUUAUUAAAGUUUACAAAGCUCUGUUAGUGUUUGUUGUUUGAACAAUACAAUUCCACCAACAUUAACUCUAACUUUACUGGUAAUUUGUAAAAGAAAGUUUGCCACAGAUAAAAGUCCAAAACAAUUGUGUCUCACACAUAUCAAUAUGGUUCUGCUAUCAUGACUCACCCAGUACCUGACCCAAUACUGUCACUGACAGUAUUGGAUAUCAAACAUAUUUGGUAACAGAAGUGGGGCUCGCCAACUGAAUCCUACAUCACUUUACUCACAAAAAUUUAGCACUUAGGAAACAAAAGUCAGAUCCUGUGGCAGCUGCUAAACGCUCUUAGUCUGAACCCACCUUCAGGAAGUGUGUGUGUGUGUGUGUGUGUGUGUGUGUGUGUGUGUGUGUGUGUGUGUGUGUGUGUGUGUGUGUGUGUGUGUGUGUGUGUGAAGAGAGAGAGAGAAUACAUGCACAGGUUGCAAUGACUCCUACUACAUGCAGUUAUUGACUACUGACCCCAAUACUGUGGAAUAGAUAAACAUGAGCAGGGUUUCUUUGCAUCUUUUUUUUUUUUUUUUAAAUGCAGACCUAUCAAUGGUCUUUUACUCCCAAUGUCCACUGGCUCUGUGUCCGCAGCAUCAAAGUUCAUGCUUGACGGGUUGAAGUGCUGCAUUCAAUUUUGAAUGUAUGCACUGCCUAUAUUUAUAGUUAAUGGUGUGUUCAUUUGGUUUUGCUUUAGUUUUUACAUAUACUGUAUACAGCAAAACAUUGAAACAAUGUUGGAAAUCUGGCUGCUGAAGAACAGACUGCAUGAAACAGGAACACAACGCAGCCACAUCCAGUGGACGUCAGGGGUUAGAAUAUUAUUUCAAAUUGAUAAACUAUGUGCAACCAUAGUUCUUGAAAGUGAAAACAUCUCCUGAUACAGCAAAAACUUUCACACAUUUCAGACUAUUUGCUUCUCCAUUUUGUUGGCAUUUUACCUAUCAGCACAAUUAACUGUUUUACUCAGGUCUUUUUCCAUGCAUUCAGCUCUUGUGGUAUUAAAGAAACGCCAAGUGUCAGUGGGCCAAUUGAGUCUAAAGUUGUACCUAUCACUAGUAAAGUGUUUUCAUAUUUCACUGUGAUCCAUUGCUGUACACAACAGCCAAGACGUUAUGCAGUAACUCCCAGUGGCUGCUGUUCACAUUCCUCAUGGUGAAAAAAUAAUCCGCCUUCAGAAAUGAGAGGUAUUCCCUGUGUAACUACUCAGAAAUGUAAGUUAAGCCAGUUUAAUCAGUGGUCUGAAUGCUUUGAGGACGUAAAUUGCAUUGCAGAAACGUUCCCAUUGCAAAGGUUUAGCAGUGUGUUUAAUUGCAUUUUUAUCUGUAAUGUAGUUUGCUGUAUACCUUUGAUAUCUGUGGGCUAACACAUAAAUACUAUCCCAACUGUGACUGUGUACAGUGACUUCAUCACUGCCUAGUGUGACAUCACCACCACUAACAGUGAUGUCACUUUGCAACACUUUGGCAUCGGGCACCACUGUUUACCACUGUUAACCAACGCUGCAUUGCUGCUUCUUGCAACAUCACUGCCUCUAUUAAAAAAAAUCCUCACCUGGUGCACCCACGAUCUGCUGUGAUGUCACGUUUUGACAUAGUCAUGUCACUUCUUGUGAUAUUAAUGCUGUGCGCUAGAACACUUCUCACUGUGACAUCAACAGACAGGAACCACUGAUAGUCAGUGGUAUUCAGAGACGGUCAUGUGCUUCAGCUGAGAAUUACCUUGAGCAAACAUCAUACAGGAAUGCUUUAUUCCAACAGAUUUAUGUCAUAGUGUUGUGGGAUGUCUCAGCUACGCUAUUAUUUUGAUUAUCAAACAGAAUUCUUAGAAUAGUUGGUCAUUUGCAGGCCAUGUCCGCACUACUUUAUUAAUAAUUUCAGAUUGGAUCUACUACCUUCUAUCAACACCAAGCCUUUUUUUCUGCCACCAGAAACAGAGCUACAAAAAUAUUCUCCAAUUUGAAUGAAAUUGUAGCUGCUUCUGUAGCACCAUAGGGACACCAGACACGUAUCACAAUUAUCAUGUGUUUUAUAUUGUUUUGGGGUUUGACG